GUUAACUGUCCAAACUCAAAAACAAAACCAGAUCUCCAUUUUAUCCUUCUCUUUCUCUCUCUCUCCUUUCUCCUUUCCUGCGUCUCAGAUCUCCUCCAAUGGGAUCGCUUGACCUUCCCUCGUUUCCGAUUUGCGAGCACGAACCGCAACAGCAGCAAAUUGACCAAACCACCCUUCUCAGUCUCUUCAAAUCUCAACAAAACCACCUCAAUUACUUCUUUCAAAACCUUGAUCUCUCUCAAACCUUGUCAUUCGCUCAACUACUCCUCAAUUCUCGCGGCACUAUCUUCUUCUCCGGUGUCGGCAAGUCUGGUUUCGUCGCCAAUAAGAUUUCUCAGACCCUUAUUUCUCUCGGCAUUCGCGCUGGAUUCCUCUCUCCCGUCGAUGCUCUACAUGGCGAUAUCGGAAUCCUCACGUCACGUGACAUUCUCGUGCUGUUCAGCAAAUCUGGGAACACUGAGGAGCUGUUGCGUCUUGUUCCUUGUGCCAAGGCUAAAGGCGCUUAUCUUGUGUCCGUGACGUCUGUGGAAGGUAAUGCGAUUGCUGCUGUUUGUAAUAUGAAUGUCCAUUUGCCGUUGGAGAGGGAAUUGUGUCCGUUUGAUUUGGCUCCGGUUACUUCUACGGCUAUUCAGAUGGUUUUUGGGGAUACCGUGGCGAUUGCUCUUAUGGGAGCUAGGAAUUUGACUAAGGAUCAGUAUGCGGCUAAUCAUCCUGCUGGAAGGAUUGGGAAGAGCUUGAUUUUUAAGGUAAAAGAUGUUAUGAAGAAGCAAGAUGAGCUUCCGGUCUGCAGGGAAGGAGAUUUGAUAAUGGACCAGCUAGUUGAGCUAACAAGUAAAGGUUGUGGCUGUCUGCUUGUUAUUAAUGAAGAGUAUCACUUGAUUGGAACAUUUACAGAUGGUGAUCUUAGGCGUACUCUCAAGGCUAGUGGGGAAGGCAUCUUUAAGCUCACAGUGGGGGAAAUGUGCAACAGGAACCCAAGAACAAUCGGUCCAGAUGCAAUGGCGGUGGAAGCGAUGAAAAAGAUGGAAUCACCACCAUCCCCUGUGCAAUUUUUGCCUGUGAUCAAUCAGCAAAAUAUCUUGAUUGGCAUUGUUACCUUGCAUGGAUUAGUUUCAGCUGGUCUUUGAUUCAUUAAAUAAGUGCUAUCAUUAUAAUUUUUUAUCAUGUUAGCAUUCCAAUUUUUUUUAGGGCGAUUCUUUCCAGAUAUUAGAACUUGAAUUUAUCCCUGGCAGGGGAUCUUUUGCAGUCCUAUUGCACCAUUAUAUGUAAAUCGAAUGUGGGUUCGAUGUAUUCUGUAUAGAGGAUGUUUAUUUCAUGUGGUAAUGUAGAACCAUCCAGUGAUUUAUGUUUAGAUAUUUAGCAUCUUUCUGUCAUAUAGCAGGGGUAAUGUAUGUUUUCUUUU